UACAAAUCUAGCAAGCCUUUCUUUUCUACUUCAGAGAAAGCCCAUCUCACAAUACAUCUGGCAACGGAGGAAAAGGCUUCAAGCCAGCAAGAGCUAACACGCCUAGGAAUUUAUUUCAGAAACUUUGAAAGACUCUUCUGCUUACCACCAUCUGGAAUCCACUGCUGGAAUAUCAAAAAGAAAAACUUCAUUUAAAAGAAGAAGUUGGCUUCACGGACUAUAUUUUUCAAAAGUUGUUCGUCGGUUACCUAGACCCUGGAUUCACGGAUAUUCUGGAGAUUAGAAGAAAGGAUUUGCCUGUUGAAGGGCCAAGUGGAAACUCUGUGACAACGAAUUUCAUGUUUCUUACCAAGAUUUCAAAGAAAAAGGAAGUAUUUCUAAAACCACCCAAAGAUACAAAGAAUCUGCAAAUACUCUGGAGGUUAUAAAGCCGGCACAAUCGGAAUACCAAAGGCUGCAGUGACCAAAGGACUUCCAUACAGUAGAGCGGCCGUGCCUUUAUGAUGGUAAGCAGUAACAGCUCCAGCUGCUCCUAUGACGACUCCUUUAAGUACACUUUGUAUGGGUGCAUGUUUAGUAUGGUGUUUGUGCUUGGGUUAAUAUCCAACUGUGUUGCCAUAUACAUUUUCAUCUGCACCCUCAAAGUGCGAAACGAAACCACAACGUACAUGAUUAACUUGGCAAUGUCAGACUUGCUUUUUGUUUUUACUUUACCCUUCAGGAUUUUUUACUUUGCAACACAGAAUUGGCCAUUCGGAGAUCCACUUUGUAAAAUCUCAGUGAUGCUCUUUUAUACCAACAUGUACGGAAGCAUUCUGUUCUUAACCUGUAUAAGUGUGGAUAGGUUUCUGGCAAUUGUCCACCCGUUUAAGUCAAAGACUCUGAGAACCAAACGAAAUGCAAAACUCGUAUGCAUUGCUGUGUGGCUAACUGUGAUAGGAGGAAGUGCGCCCGCAGUUUUUUUUCAGUCCACCCACAUUCAGGAGAACAAUUCCACAGCAGCCUGCUUUGAAAAAUUUCCAGAAGCCACAUGGAAAACAUAUCUCUCAAGGAUUGUAAUUUUCAUUGAAAUAGUGGGAUUUUUUAUUCCUCUAAUUUUAAACGUAACUUGUUCUAGUAUGGUGCUAAGAACUUUAAAUAAACCUGUUACAUUAAGUAGAAGCAAAAUAAAUAAAACUAAAGUUUUAAAAAUGAUUUUUGUACAUUUGGCCAUAUUCUGCUUCUGUUUUGUGCCUUACAAUAUCAAUCUUAUUUUAUAUUCUCUAAUGAGAACACAAACAUUUGUUAAUUGCUCAGCAGUGGCAGCAGUAAGGACAAUGUACCCAAUCACUCUUUGCAUUGCUGUUUCAAACUGUUGCUUUGACCCUAUAAUUUACUACUUCACGUCGGACACAAUUCAGAAUUCAAUAAAAAUGAAAAACUGGUCUGCUAAAAGAAGUGACUUCAGAUUCUCUGAAGUUCAGAGUACAGAGAACUUCAUUCAACAUAGUCUGCAGACCUUAAAAUGUAAGAUAUCUGACAAUGAAUCUACAAUAUAAGCUGCCUGAAAUAAAACCACUGGGACUUCACUGGGAACCUCUAAGUUCCUUCAACUGUGAACAGUUUUUUCUUGGACAACUAUUUCUCCACCUCUGAAAGAAACACGUGGACAUUUUAAAGUUAUAGUAUAAAAAAUUGUAUUUGAUGUGUUAAGCAUUAAAAUGUAUUCUAUUCUUGUAUACAUACCAUUUUAUUUUUCUGAGCCAUUUGGACUUGUACCUUCCUCUUCAUUAAAAAACCCCUAAAAGACUUGUUCAAAGCUUUAAACUGACUAUGAUUUAAAUCAUGUUGCAACCAUGUGUACUGUUUUUUAAUUUCUUAGCAAUUUUAAACUAAAUGAUUUAUAACACUUUAAGUAUUUAAUAUUUUUAUUCAACAUAUAUCUAAUUUCUAUUUCAACCUGAAUUGAAACUAGUAAUCACGUUUCUUGAGCUAUAAUGUAAAUGAGGAAGGAGAAUAACUUUAAAUAACAAGUGUUUUGGAGUGUUUUUUGAAAAAACAUCUAAAAAUGUCUUCUGUAAAUAACACAGUAACAGUAUUUGGGGAUCUCAAGCAGUUACACUUACAGAUAAUAUUUAGGCUUUUGUCUUUGUAAGCAAUUCUUAAGAAUCAUAUGCUAUAUAACUAUGUAUACUUUAAAAUUAUUAUUUUGAUACAUUUUCUGCAUAUAACAGCACUCAACUUCAAAAUAAUCUAUGCCACCAAAAUUGAGAGGGAAGAAACUAACAAAAUGCUGUUUUGCUAGGUACAUUAAAAAAAAAUACUACUUGGACAUACAUUUUAAAGAUAUAUUUUGUCACAAUAAGUAACUUGUAUAUGUAUUUUAAAUCAGAAAUACCACAGAUAGUGAAAUACAAGACUUGGCGCUUAGAAAGUGAUCAAUAAAUAUAUUACUUCCCUUCUCUCUUUUGACCAUUUAAAGGCAAAUAUUGAACAGCAGAAAAUAUUAUUUUCCAGGAGGCAAAAUGUUAAUGUCUGUCAAAAUAAUUUAUGAAGUAAAAAUAUAGUUCCUUAUGUAAAAAGCAGCAAAACUACAGGGCCAAAAAAGCUCAGUACAACUACAUUUUCAUUUUCUUAAACACAGAGAAGGUACUGAUUUAAGCUAUAAUUUAGUAGAAAUUAAGUACCAACUACACUAAAAUUUUUCAUUUUCCAGCAUAUAUAUAUACUUUCAAAUUCAAGCAGUUCUCCAAAGUUAACUAAAAAAGAAUGCUUUUUAUUUGAGAAAAAUGACAUAGGAUUAAAUUUAGAUUCAAUAUAUUUGAUUAUUACAAUCUAAUUUUUCAAAUCCUGAGCACAACUUUUGGCAAAUACUCUUAUGAUUUAAAUUUGAUUUUUGCUGUUCUCUGGGUCUGGGCUAUAAUGAUUUCAGACAAAUCAUAGUCAUUUACUACAUAAGCAAUCCAUUUCCAAUAAAAAUAACUAGGAGGUUUUCUUUAAGUAGCUAUGGUAUCCUUUAGAUAAACCAAAAGCAAAAUAAAUAUCCUUAAUGUCUUCAA